AUGGAGGUCAGUGUCCUGCUCCUCCUUGCUCUCACCGCAGGCUUCUUGCUAUUCUUAGUCAGCCAAAGUCAGCCAAAGACACAUGACCACUUCCCACCUGGACCUCAUCCCCUGCCCUUCUUGGGGAACCUCUUGCAGAUGGACAGAAGGGGCCUUCUGAACUCUUUCAUGCAGCUUCAAGAAAAAUAUGGAGAUGUAUUCACAGUACACCUGGGACUGAGGCCUGUGGUCAUGUUAUGCCGGACAGACACCAUAAGGGAGGCUCUGGUGGACCAAGCUGAGGCUUUCUCUGGCCGGGGAACAGUUGCUGUGCUUGAUCCAAUUGUUCAAGGAUAUGGUGUGAUCUUUGCCAAUGGGGAACGUUGGAAGACCCUUCGGAGAUUCUCUCUGGCCACCAUGAGAGACUUUGGGAUGGGAAAACAGAGUGUGGAGGAGCGCAUAAAGGAAGAGGCCCAAUGUUUGGUGAUUGAACUGAAGAAAUACAAGGGAGCCCCCCUGAACCCCACCUUCUUCUUCCAGUCAAUCGCAGCAAACAUCAUCUGCUCCAUUGUCUUUGGAGAGCGCUUUGACUACAAAGACCACCAGUUCCUGCAUCUGCUGGAUCUGAUCUAUCAGACAUUUUCCCUCAUGAGCUCAUUGUCCAGCCAGGUGUUUGAGCUCUUCUCUGCUGUCCUGAAGUACUUUCCAGGUACCCACAGACAAAUCUCCAAAAACCUGCAGGAAAUCCUUGACUACAUUGGUCAGAAUGUGGAGAAGCACAGGGCCACCUUGGACCCCAGCGCUCCACGGGACUUCAUUGAUGCCUACCUUCUGCGCAUGGAGAAGGAGAAGUCCAACCACCACACAGAGUUCCAUUACCAGAACCUCAUGAUGUCUGUGCUCUCUCUCUUCUUUGCUGGCACCGAGACCACCAGCACCACGCUCCGCUAUGGCUUCCUGCUCAUGCUCAAGUACCCCCAUGUUGCAGAGAAAGUCCAAAAGGAGAUUGAUCAGGUGAUCGGCUCACACCGGCUACCGACUCUUGAUGAUCGCACCAAAAUGCCAUACACUGAUGCAGUCAUCCACGAGAUUCAGAGAUUUUCAGAUCUUGCCCCCAUUGGUCUACCACACAGAGUCACCCAAAACACACUGUUCCGAGGCUACCUGCUCCCUAAGAACACUGAGGUGUACCCCAUCCUGAGUUCAGCUCUCCAUGACCCACGGUACUUUGAACAACCAGACACCUUCAAUCCUGAGCACUUCCUGGAUGCCAAUGGAGCACUGAAGAAAAGUGAAGCUUUUCUGCCCUUCUCCACUGGAAAGCGCGUUUGUCUGGGAGAAGGCAUUGCCCGCAAUGAACUGUUCCUUUUCUUCACCACCAUCCUCCAGAACUUCUCUUUGGACAGCCCAGUAGCUCCUGAGCACAUUGACCUCACUCCCAAUAAUAAUGGGGCAAGCAAAAUACCCCCACCAUACCAGAUUCACUUUCUGUCCCGCUGA